AUGGGCCGGCUGUGGGGCGCGCUGCUGCUGCGGGUACGUGGGAGCGCCGGGCCAGCCCUGCUGUGGAAAGAGGGGGCGGGGGCCGGGGGUGUCCGGGCCUGCAGCUCCACGGCCGCCCCGGACGGCCUCGAGGGCCCGGCGCGCCGGCGCUCCUACUGGCGCUACGUGAGGCGCCUGGUGCGGGGGGCGCCGCGGCCGCCGUACAUGCAGGUGUGCCAAGUCGGGGACCCAGUGCUGCGCACCGUUGCGGCCCCGGUGGAGCCGGCACAGCUGGCGGGGCCCGAGCUGCAGCGGCUGGUUCAGCGGCUGGUGCAGGUGAUGCGGCGCCGGCAGUGCGUGGGGCUGAGCGCGCCGCAGCUCGGGGUGCCGCUGCAGGUGCUGGCCCUGGAGCUCCCCGAGGCGCUCUGCCGCGCCUGCGCCCCGCGCCUGCGCGAGCUGCGUCAGAUGGAGCCCUUCCCCCUGCGCGUGUUCCUGAACCCCAGCCUGCGGGUGCUGGACAGCCGCCUGGUCACCUUCCCCGAGGGCUGCGAGAGCGUCGCCGGCUUCCUGGCCUGGGUGCCCCGCUUCCAGGCCGUACAGAUCUCAGGGCUGGACCCCAGAGGAGAGCAGGUGGUGUGGCAGGCGAGUGGCUGGGCAGCCCGCAUCAUCCAGCACGAGAUGGACCACUUGCAGGGCUGCCUGUUCAUUGACAAAAUGGACAGCAGGACAUUCACAAACAUCCACUGGAUGGAGGUGAAUGACUGAAGCUUUCCUGUUGGGGCCGAGGAGUCUGAAGACCGGGAAGCAAACAGGCAUUGAGCUGGGUAUGUCUUACUUGGCAUCAGCUUGGUAUUGGCUUGGAUCUGACAGGAAGUUGUGGUCUGCCAAAGCGUGCCAAACUGAGCUAGAGGAAUACAUUAGAAAUGUUUGCCCGAAAUCAGCCUGUGGACAAAAUAUUGCCUACAAGAAAAAUACCCCCUGCCCCCAAAGGAAUGGACAUUUCCUCACAGUUUUGUGUGGAGAUAAAUGGGGCAAGUAAGUUCAUUCUCAGUAGAAAUGAGUUCAUAAGACCUGUAUCAUCUACUCCCAAAGCCAAGAUUUGGUAAUAAUGUAGUC